UUCCUUUAUGUGACGGCGAGGGACACGUCAAGUUUCUCGUUUUCUUUAUCCGAUUCCUUUCUGAGCAUACAACUACUGCUCGUGUUCGCUCACACCUCUAAUCUCUUCACCUACUUGCUCAUUAGUCAAACACUUUUCCCUCCAUUCCAAUCAUUUUCUUUUCCUCCAUAUAUAAUAAUAAUCCUUCGCUUUUUUUUUUUUUUUCUCUUCUUCUUCGAUCGCAUUGAAACCUUGUUCGUUGUAGCUAUGUUCUUCUCCACAGCUUCAACGAACAACGCUUGAUGGUGAAAAAACCUUCAAUCGCCUAUUAACUGCAAUGCACCACUCAUCAUCAACUCAUCCAUGGCUUUCUCCGCUUUACUUCGCCCUUCCUCUUCUCCUUCUCACUCUCAGUUGUUUUGCUCUGUUAGGUUCAAUAGGAGGCAUCGUAGUAGUAGCCGGGUAGGUUUCGCGUCGAACGGCAGAAGAAGAGUUCGUCGUUUACGGAACAACAAUGAUGUGACCGUUAGCGUUAGGUCGGUGUUGAACGACAACAGGCCUAGCGCUAGCGUGAACGACGAUUACGGGGCGGCGGAGUCUGCUAGGGUUUUGUUCGAGAGGCUGUUCACGCAGAACCGGAUGACCGGAGAUGAACCGGAUCUUCGGAUUCUUGAAUCGGAUCUCAAGGCGGCACUGGCGGCAUUGAAGAUGGAGGAUCACUUGAUGGAAGCGGAGAGGAUGGUGUUGUUGGAGAAUAGUAAGUUGAAGCUCACGAAGGAGGAGCUGGAGCGGCAAGAGAGUGAAAUUGAGGCUGCUAGGGUUAGGUAUGAGAAGCUCGAGGAGGAGAUGAAGGAGACCACGGUUAAAUUGGUUUCUCAGGCGGGACAGAUUGAGGAGCUGAAGCUUAGGGUUAGGGAUCGCGAUAGCGAGAUCAAUGCAGUGAAGUAUGCGCUGGGGUUGAAGGAGGGUGAAGUGGAGAAAAUGAGGGUUGAAUUGGAGGAAAGGAGUCGUGAGGCUGUGGAUUUUGAUAAUGAGCUUAGAGAGAAGGGGAGGAUUUUAGAUGAGGCAAAUGAGGUUAUGAAGAAACAGGAGGCUGAGCUUGAGGAGCUGAAGAGGGCGGUUCGAGAGAAAGAGAAGGAGAUUGAGGUUUUGUUGGUCGAGAGGGAGGUUGAGAGGGAGAAGCUGAGGGUUGCUGAGGCAAAUUUGGAGAAGCAGGCAAUGGAUUGGAUGCUGGCGCAGGAGGAGCUUAAGAGGCUGGGAGAGGACGCUACUAGGCAUGCUGAGGAGAGUAGUGAGACACUGGAAGAUUUCAGGAGGGUGAAGAAGCUUCUCAAUGAUGUGAGGUCUGAAUUGGUUUCGUCUCAACAGGCGUUGGCGUCUUCCAGAAGUAAAAUGGAGGAGCAGGAGCGGUUGUUGGAACAGCAGCUGAGUGAGCUUGGGGAGCAGAGGGUAAGUGUGAUGUCAUACAUGGAAAAUUUGAAGGAUGCACAGAUAGAAGUGGAGAGUGAGAGAAAGAAACUCAGGGUUGCAGAGUCUCGUAACAGAGAGCUUGAACGGGAUCUGAAGAUGGAAAAGGAGCUUAUUAGUGAGUUGGAGGAGGAGCUGAAGAAAGAGAGGACUUCUUUGGAGCAGGCAGUCAAAGAAGUGGCUUUUCUUCAAGAGGAAUUGGAGAAAAAAAAUGCUGAGUUUAGAGAAACAAGUGCUGUUCUUCAGGUCAGAGAGUCAGAGCUUGUUGAUGCUAAGCUAGAAAUCCAGCGUUUGAAAUCUGAAAAGGCUUCUCUUCAGGGUAUAUUGGAGGAGAAAGACUUGGAGCUUUCCAAUGCUAAGAAGAUGCUGGGGGAAAUUAACCAGGAAAUCUCUGAUCUUAAGAUGCUUAUGAACAGUAAAGAAACACAGUUCAUUGAAGCAACUAAUAUGCUAAGGGAGAAAGAUGAGCAAUUGAAGAUGAUCCAGAACAAGUUGAAUAAUACAAACCAGAAGGCUUUUGAGGCCGAAACUGUGGUAGAAAGAAUUUUAGAUCUCACAAACAAGUUGGUUGCUUCCAUUAAGGAUGAAGACAUGAACUCGUCAAAACCACUACUAGAUGAAAUGGGUAAUCAACUACUUGAGCAACUAUUGGAGCAACCUGCUAAUGAAUUGAGAUGGCAACAGAAAAGACUUGAGAAUGAGCUUGAGUUGGCCAAGGUAACCUUAAAAGAAAAGGAGAUGGAAGUUCUUGCUGCACAAAGGGCUCUAACAAUAAAAGACGAGGAGCUGAAGAUGACUCUUGCAAGAUUGGACUCAAAAGAGGAAGAGUUGAAAAAAGUAAGGGAAGAGGUGACAGAAGACUCUAAUGAUCUUAAAAGGCUGUAUGCUUUGGCACAGGAGAGAAUUGGUGAGAAAAGCUUAGGUGAUUUGGCAAUUGAGAAGCUUCAGCUUGAGGCAGCUCAGCUUGAAGUUGAAGCUGCCACUAAUGCACUACAAAAACUUGCCGAAAUGAGUCGACAACUUCUGAAUAAGGCUAUCCUGAGUGUUGAAGCUGAUAACUACAUCAGUGUCAUGCAAAAUAAUGCUAAUAAAACCCCAGAUUCAAUCACAGAUACCAAUAACCCUGAAUGUUUCGAAGAGGUAAAAGCAAGAGUUGCUCGCCUCUCAGCUUUGUCUGAGCAGCUUGUGAUGGAGGCAGGUAUUGUUCCUGCAAACUAAGAGAGAGAGGUAGUGAAGAAAGUUGUGAGGGAGGGUUGGAUCAUAAAAUCUUCCCUUAGUUUGCAAGACAUGUACAAUGUACAGAUAGUGAUCACAUCUGGUUUUGGUACUUUACUACAAGAUAUGUAAAAUCUCCACUCAUUUUAUUGUAUUAGUUACAUUCAGAGUGUAUUUGUUUUCGAUAACAUAAAAAUAGAAUGGAAAGAUUUUGGAUUGCUGCUUUA